UUUCAAUCGCAGUUCACACCAGUUUUCACCUCACUCCUCUUCAGCGGCUGAAGUUCGGCCUCUUCUCUCCUUCCCUCGGUCUGUCAAUCGCAUGAUUUGCAUCAAUUCUCAACUCAUAUCACCAAUAACAGAAGGCAAGAGUCAGCCGCUGCAAUGGGACAUCCUUCCCUCGAACCUAGUUCCAUGGUCGCAUUAGGUGCGACAUCAACAGCAGACAACUCCAGAGAUGAUCUUGCUCUUUUCCAUGGUCCCCCUUUCGUCAAGAUAAAACAAGAGGCCGCAGAUCAGAACAAGUGGCUUCUAGUGAAUGUGGAGUCCAGUAAAAUGGAAUUCGGCUCAGAUAUGCUGAACCGUGCCACAUGGAAUGAUAAAGUGGUUGCUCAACUAAUCCGCACUAAAUUCAUCUUUUGGCAGGUGCACGAUGACACCACUGAAGGUAGGCAAGUCUGCAACUACUACAACCUGGUUUCUGUUCCUGUAGUUCUGCUUCUGGACCCAAUAUCCGGGAAAAAAAUGCGCUUAUGGAGCGGAAUGAUUCGACCUAGGCCUUUAUUGAAGGUGCUACUUCGUUUAGUGGAUGGAGGUCCUAAAGAUAACCUGGAACCAAAAGGUGCAGAUAGCUGUCCAAUGGAAUUCCCUAGAUGCCCAAUUAAAACUUAUUUGCUUACCAUGGCCAGAGAGAAAAUAAAAGAAAAGUCUAGGACAUGCAACGAGGAGGAACUGCUGGAAGUUGAGCGCAGGCUUAUGCAGGCAAGACUUGGUGCCCAAUUGCAACAAUUAAAUGACUAUAGAUUAUGGUUAUUGUCGGAGGGACUGGAUGAUGAUGAGAUAAUACUCAUAUCAGGAGACAUGAGUAGCAGUCUGCAAAAGGAUAAGAAGGCCAAUGUUAUAACUUUAACUGGCCUCGAAAUCUUUCCCAAGGUAGGAGAACUAGGUGGAGAGACCAUUGUUGGCAACCUCGACGUCCAUAAAAACGGGUUCAUCUAUGCAACUUCUAGUCCCAGUUUCCAUUUUCAUUUCAUCUGCGCAGACAUAAAGAGAACUUUCUUUCGAGUUGGAGAUGAGAAGACGCAGCCUCUCUUGCACUUCCAUUUGCAUCACCCCGUCAAGAUGGGGGCAGAAAUGAGGCAGGAUAUCCAAUUCCGUUUGGUGCAAACCCCUGUGGGGCAGAGGACAUCUUAUAAUGAUUCGGAGAAGCAAACCAGGGAUGGGGAAGACUUAAAGAACUUUGUCCACAAAGUGGAAGACAAAUGGAGUACGUAUACAUUUCAUGUUGCUGAGGUUCUUAAGAGGAAAGAAUUUCAGGGAAAUCUUCGCUCCAAGGCGCCAACUGUCUUUUGCCUGACUUUUUAUGCCCUAGUUGGGCUUGUAGAUGAACCUUUCAUUGUGGCCUACCUAAACAAGAUCGAGAUUGUUAGUCUGAGGCUUAAACCUGCGGUAAUAGAUAUGACUAUCGUUUUUCAGGACUUCAAGCGUGAUCUGAUUCACAUCAACUCAAUUCCCAUAGCCGCGCUCGGUCUCAUAAAAGACAGCUUUAACUUUGCCAUGGUGAAGUAUUAUGAGAUUCAUAAAGAUUUACCAUGGAAUUCCAUGGUGAAAGGGAUAGCAGAUUCUCCGAGGGAGUUCCUCACCAAUGGUGGAUGGUUAAAUUACGGUCUCGAGGACGAUGCUACUGCAAAGUUCUACGAUUACUUCUACGAGAAAGUAGAAGUCAAGGAACGUAAAUUGGAUAAUGAAGGUGAAGAAAUCUGCCCAUAUGGAUCAGACAGUGAAGGUGAAGAAAGUGACACAUUGGAGGAAUGGGAGGAUUAAUGAAUCAGGCAGGAAGAGUAGAGUAAAACAAGCGAGUUCAAGCUAAAGCAGUCGCAAGUAUCUUUGCUGCUGCAUCUAGUUUAUUUUUAGUUUAGACGAAAAUUUGCUUUUGUUAAUGGAUUCUCUACUAGUGUAUAGCUCAACGUGGACGUCUGGAGACUCCAUAUUUUCUUUUCGGUUUUUCCAAGUUGCUGCUGGGAUUGGUUUUUAUGGUUUAGUUGCUCACUUUGCCAUUUCUAUUUGAUUCUUGUCAUUAUCUGCCUCC